GACACCUGCCCUAGGGCUUCAGACAAGGGGAGGCCCUUCUCUCUCUCAAGGGAGUUUCCUGGCUUCUGAGGGCCAGCAGUUCCGGCCAUGAGGUGGGGCUCCCCAAAGGCCUGCCUCCACACCCCUUCCUCCCUCUCCCCCCCUCAAGAUUCUUUGGAUCACUAGCAACAGGCGCCGGCUCUGCUGUGGGCUCCAGGUGCUGCGUAAGAGUGGACCUCGCCGUGGCUAGGGCUGGGGUCCCAGCAAGAAAGCCUGGCAGCCACAGGAAGCAGUAGACAUCAGGGUGUACUCAGUACUUGCUGUUGCCAGCUGAAGAGGCAGCACACCACGGUCAAAGGGCCAUCCCUCAAGUGACCUGGAUUCCUCAGUUACCUCCUCCGAGCCAACAGAGGCAGGAAGAUGGGGCGUGUCCCAGACCCCCGCAGCACCUCAGCCCCAGUUGUCACCACUGCUGAGCCCAGUCUCAUUCCAGACCUCAUUACCAGGAUCCCCUGGCCCCGCUGGGCACUCUGUAUCGUCGUUCUUGCUGCUGGAGUCCUCCUGGUCUCUUGUCUGCUCUGUGGCGUCUACUGCUGUUGCCGCCGCUGCCAACGCCGCCGCAGGAAGCAGCCCAAAGACAAAGAAGCUGUGGGCCUGGGCAGUGCUCCCAACAGCACCACUACUCACCUGGUUCAACCAGAUGUGGACUGCCUGGAGCCCUGCUCUGGGGGGCCGCAACAGUGGGGGAGACUGCUGCUCUCACUGGAGUAUGAUUUUGGAAGCCAGGAGAUUAGGGUGGGCCUGAGGCAGGCCGAAAACCUGAAGGCUGAGGGCACAGCGGACCCCUACGCUUGUGUCAGUGUUUCCACCCAGGCUGGGAGAAGACAUGAGACAAAGGUGCACCGUGGGACUCUCUGUCCCAUGUUCGAAGAGACAUGCCACUUCUCGGUCCCACCAGCAGAGCUGCCCAGGGCCACCCUGAAGGUGCAGCUGUUGGAUUUCAAGCGGUUCUCGGAACACGAGCCACUGGGGGAGCUCCAGCUAUCCUUGGGCACUGUAGACCCUCAGCAUGUCUUAGAGAACUGGUACCAGCUGGGCCCUCCUGGUAUCACCGAGCCUGAGCAGAUGGGGGAGCUGUGCUUCUCACUGCGCUAUGUGCCCAGCUCAGGCCGCCUGACUGUGGUUGUGCUCGAGGCUCGGGGCUUGAAUCCAGGGAUUUCAGAGCCCUUUGUAAAGGUCCAGCUCAUGUUAAACCAGAGAAAAUGGAAGAAGAAGAAAACAUCCUCUAAGAAGAACACAACUAUGCCCUACUUCAAUGAGGCCUUCACCUUCCUGGUUCCCUUUAGCCAGCUCCAGAGUGUGGACCUGGUGCUGGCUGUCUGGGCCCAUGGCCUGCAGCUCCGGGCUGAGCCUGUGGGCAAGGUGUUGCUGGGUUCCCGGGCUUCAGGUCAACCCCUACAGCACUGGGCAGAUAUGUUGGCCCAUGCCAGGCGACCCAUCGCCCAGUGGCACCACCUACAGUCCCCCAGGGAGGUGGAUCGUGCUCUGGCUCUGAAGCCUCGCCUGCCCCUGCCUAGGCCUCGCUCCUAAAAGAACCCUG